GCUGAGUAAAGUUACGCUGCAAAGAAACUCGCUUUUUGGUGAAUGCGGCGGACUGAGCAGGGCAGUCUGUGGUACAAGUAUAGCGGGAACUCUCGCAUCCGCUUCACUGACCGAGGCCAAUUCACUAAUCACCGAGGCCGGAUCAAAAUAAUUAACUAUUGCACCACGGUAGAUUCCGAUGACGACUCCAAAGAGUGAGGACAAAACCAUGAGCCAGAUUGUCCGAAGAAAUGGCCCGGCGUGGCUCAAUGGCCUCCCCAGUCACAACAGUCGCCAAUAUGCGACAUCACCGUUGUUGUCACGGCUCGAAGAAACACUUAUAGGCCAACGCCUAUUUCUCAGCUACGACUAUCUCUCCCCGCAGCCUUCCCAUCUUCUGCGCGUGUCCCUCGCCGAUUUCUUGCCUUUCUCUCAAUCCAAUCCAUUCGCAAAGGAUGUGAAGAAACUCGCCCUCCCUUCAAUCCUCGAACCUGGGCAUAUGCCCCGGGGACAUCAUCUUGUUUAUUUCCCACCGCAACUUCCCUCGUCCCAGCUGGUACCGGACGGGUGCGAUGUAUUGCAUUCCCCCGGGGCCCCUUUCAAUCGCCGAAUGUGGGCUGGAGGCUCUGUUCGAUUUCGCGAUCUCAACGGAGGGCCGCUUUUGAACUGCCAAAGGGCCGUAUGCGUUGAAGGGGUUAGAGACGUGCGCGUCACAGGAAAGGAGGGCGAAGAGAAAGUCUUUGUCGGAAUUGAAAGACGGGUGGCCAUCCUUGGAGAGAAGGAGAAGGAGGAAGAUAUAAAGAGUAGAAUAUGGACUGAAAACGAAGAAGAGUGGGGAGAUAGCACUGUGAUCGAGAAAAGAAAUUUAGUGUUUAUGCGGGAUAAGACCCCGGAGCAGCUUCGCGCAGAGAAAACCGAUGGAAACCAGCAAAAAAAGAUUCUUCGAGCUCCGGCAAAUCCAACUUUUCGCCAUACGCUCACUCCAUCUCGCGCUCUUCUCUUCCGCUUUUCCGCACUGACAUUUAACGCCCACUCAAUUCAUCUCGACCGUGACUAUGCUCGCAAUACAGAAGGCUACGAAGAUCUGCUCGUCCAUGGGCCUCUGACGCUCACAUUGAUGCUGACACUCCUCCAAGACCAUCUCAGCGAAUCUAGACAAGCAAUUUCAGCAAUCGAAUAUCGGAACCUGGCUCCUAUUCUAGUUGAACAACCGCUGACUGUGUGCGCAAAGCCGAAAGAACCGGCCUGUCGCGGCUUGUGGGAUGUUUGGAUUGAGCGCAACGACGGUGGAUUAGCGGUCAAAGGGACGAUCCAGACGAAACCAUUUGGAAAACACGACGAGAACCCUGCUGCUACCAUUUCGAGGUUGUAA